CCCAUCGGUUGUUCGGUUAUUUAUUUUUUGUUGUAAAAGCUUUUUCUGAAUGUGACAUAAUGUUCUUCUGUUUGUGUUUGUGGAGUAUGUUUGGUGUGUUUGUUUGUGUCUCCGUGUCAGUGACUGAAGGAGAUUGUGUUACUUUGUUUGUGAAUCUGACUGAAUCACAGAUGAAGAAUGGAAUCUCCUGGAAGUUUGGAGCUUAUGAAAGUGUCAUCGCUGAUAUCAAGAGUGGACAGAUCACUGUAUCUGAUAAUAAACCUGAUAACAGAUUCAAAGACAAACUACAACUAAACAAACAUACUGGAGAUCUGAGACUCACAAACACAAGCGUCACACACACUGGACUUUAUCAAAUGAGCAACAUCAAGACAGACCAACAACUCGCAACAUUCAAUCUUACCGUCUAUGCUCGUCUGCCUCUUCCUGUUAUCUCAAGAGUUUCAUCAUUAUCAGAAAGUUCAAACUGUUCUGUGUUGUGUUCAAUGACGAAUGUGUCACAUGAUGUGAGUGUCUCCUGGUACAAAGGAAAGAGUUUAUUGUCCAGCAUCAGUGUGUCUGAUCACAUCACUAGCAUCUCUCUUCAUCUGGAGUGUCUGAAUGAUUCUUACACAUGUGUAGUGAACAAUCCCAUCACAAACCAGACUCAACAUCUCAAUACUGAUGUCUGUCACAAGUGUUCAGAACCGAAUCUCCCCUUCAGUCGUACAGUUCCUCUCUCUUGUGCUGUUGUUAUUUCUGUGAUGAUUGCAGCUGCACUUCUGAUCGUCUGCAUCUACAGGAAACACAGACAACAUGUUCACAUCAGCGAGCAGGAGAUCACAUACGCAGAGCCAAAAUUCCGCAAAAGACAAACACAUAAACCGAUAUGUGCAGUGGAGGAUGAUGUGGUGUAUGCUGCAGUCAUGACAAGAUGAUCAAACGUUGUUGCUGGACGUUCACGUUACAGUAGAUAUCUCUUCUUAAUAAAUCUUCAUUAAUGCUUAUGUCCCACACACAGAUGCAUAGUUGUGUUGAGAAAAGGGCCCUACACAAUCUUUUGCUAUAAAAUUAGAAGCACACAACCCUCUAGAAUGUCAUUAUAUGAUAUGGCAUUGAGAUUUGUACUCGUGAAACGGAGGGGACAUCCCAAUUGUUUUGGCAGUAUUUUUGGCAGUCUCAAGUCAAAAUCUUGUAUUUCCAUGUCAUCAUCCAGUCAGUUAAGAAUACAGCUUCCGUAGUAUUUUUUAUAGAUAUACAUUUUGGCAUUUCUGCCUUUAUUUGUACAGUUUUAGUAAAAGAGAGGACAAGAACAGAAGUGGGAUCUAGAAAGGACCACAAGAUGGAAAUCAAGCCCGGGUUGCCCCAUGCCCAACCUAACCACGUAUCGGAGCAUUGCCCACGAGUCUAUCGGCUCAGACACCUCCAUAGUUUUUUUUACUUUCCUUGUGUGUGUGUUUCAUGUAAAAUAUGCAAUAGUUCAUCAUCUAGGGGAUCAAGUUUACCAUCUCUACUUACCAGAUUAUUUUCACCCGGUUCCUGUUGUACUACAUAUAAACUUCCGUUGUGGUUUUUC